GAGCCACUGACGCUGUGGACAAUCAUCAAAGCUAACCAUUGGAGAAGCAGAGGAACCAAACCUCACCUGGCUGCAUGCAGACCACUCACAACAGUUGGAGAAGCAGGUCAGGCAGUGAAAUGGCACUUCUCCUGAGUCUUCUCUGCAUCCUGUGCCUGGUUGGGGUAGGUACAGGCCAGGACAUGCCUUAUGAGGAAUAUAUGGCCCAGAUCCAAGCCUGCCCUAAAGAGUGUCGCUGCCCACCCAACUUCCCUCGUGCUGUCUACUGUGAUAAUAAAGGCCUGAAGAGCAUUCCCAGAAUCCCGCCACACACAUGGUAUCUUUACCUGCAGAACAAUCUAAUUGAAGUGCUGUCAGCAGAUGCCCUGCGUAACGCCACUUCGCUGCGCUGGCUGAACCUAAACCGCAACAAAAUCACAAGUGAGGGAGUGGAAGAAGGUGUCCUGACUGCAAUGCCUCACCUGGCACACCUCUACAUGGAUGAAAACCUCUUGUCUUCAGUGCCAUCUCCCCUGCCAGCAAGCCUGGAGCAUCUACGUCUCUCUCGCAAUCGCAUCUCCAAGAUCCCUGCUGGUGUCUUCAUUGGUCUUGAUAAGCUUAACCUCUUGGACCUCCAGGGUAACAAGCUGAUGGAUGAUGCUGUGACUGAGGUGAGCCUGAAGGGUCUAAACAACCUGGUACAAAUCAAUCUAGCAAAGAACCAGCUGAGUAACAUGCCUCUUGGCUUACCACCCACCACCACCCAGCUUUUCCUUGAUGGCAACAACAUUGAGAAGAUCCCAGCUGGCUAUUUCAAAGGUUUGCCAAAAGUGGCAUUUCUGAGGCUCAACCACAACAAGCUUGGCAGUAGUGGAGUUCCCAAAAAUGUGUUUAAUGUCUCCAGCAUUUUGGACUUGCAGCUGUCCCACAACCAGCUGACUGAGGUUCCCCUCAUUCCCUCAGGCCUUGAGCACCUUCACCUCGACCACAACAAUAUCAAAAGUGUAAGCGGCUCCAGUGUCUGUCCUGUCGCUGUCGACACUGUGGACGACUCCGUCAAUGACAGCGUUCCUCGUCUGCGCUACCUCAGACUUGAUGGCAAUGACAUUAAGCCACCAAUUCCCAGGGAUGUAAUUCUGUGCUUCCGUCUCCUGAGGUCCAUUGUCAUCUGAAGAAAAAAAAAUCCUCAGCAUGUUCUAAGCUAAUUCUGAUUUCGGAAAACUAAUGACUCAGUAAUGUCGACACUUCGCUGAUAAAUGAGAUCUGUGAAUGUAUGCAACAAAAAAUGGUGACGUGUAAUAUUUGCAUGUUUGUAAUAUUUGAUGCUAGUUGGGAUCAACUUGAUUUAUUGCUGUGACUUAGGGAAAAGUUAAUUCCAGUUCCAGAAAACAUGGAUUUUUCAGUGGAAUUUUAACAAAAUCUAAAACAAAGUACAAAUUGACAAGGAACUGGUGGGUAAGAAGCUUUGGUGAGGAUGCAAUCUGUUGACCACUAGUUGUGCCUUAUGUUGACGUAAACAUCUGCAUGUACAAGUCAGACUGAAAAUCUGAUUAGAAUUUAGCAUGACAGUGAUUUAGACGGAUAACAUGUAUUAAUGGCAUGUGGAGAACUUUGCGGACUCAUUGUCAUUAUGCUUCUUUGAGCAGGAGGCAGAGCUUAUCAAUGUGUAGAAAAAAUAUCACUUUUAAUUUUUUUUUUCUAUUGUUUCAGGUAAACCUUUGCUUUAUAUUUGUAGACUUGAAGCCAAAUUUAUGGUCUUGUGUUCUAGGUUUGUGGUCUUACUUACUUUUUUUAAAUUACUCUAUUCCACAAAUAAGCAUAUUUACUGUAGGUAAUUUAUUUUUAUUUAAUAUUGGAGAAAAAUGAGCAGAAACCUGACAGUCCUGUGAAUAUUCAUGGCCAAUAUUCCUUGAUGUUUUGUAUACAAAAGAAAUGUGAUAACUGUUUUCAAAAAAUGCCAACACACUUUUUAAUUCUGGUCAUUAUUUUUCUGAAUAA